AUGUCAGUGUUAGAGUCAUCUUCACGAACGAUGGUAGACGUUCACCAUAUUUUAGGGACUGCAUUGAAGAUGUCAGUUUCUGACGUGGUGUCACCAAUGUCUAUUUAUAACUUCGAGAUUGUGACGGUGACUUUAAUAUAUGUUAAAGGCUAUUUUUGGCACCACAGUCUGAAUUCAUACGCAGCAAUAGAAAUCAAGAUGGGUCAUCAAAAUUUAUGGUUUUCCCAUCCGCGCAAGUAUGGUCCAGGUUCUCGCUCAUGCCGAGUUUGUUCGAAUCAUCAUGGAUUAAUAAGAAAAUACGGACUUAAUAUGUGUCGGCGAUGUUUCAGAGAAUAUGCAUCCGAUAUUGGAUUCAGGAAGGAUUGGGAAGGUGUGGAAAUAAUGAUAAGGAUGGAUAGUGAUGAUAUUCCGGAAGUAUUGGUUGCCAAUCGACAAAAUCAACUAAUGUUCUUGACAGGACUGGAUGUUGUCAAUAACAGAUCUCAUGCUGCCGUCUUCUCAGCCUUUACCGUAAAUCGGGAGGUGGAUCGUCCGCCAAUUAAUUUUGUUAUGCUAAAUGGUACACGGACGUUCUGUGAGUCGAGAGUGCACCAACAAACGGUAUCGGAUUUUUCGCGUGGAUUUAUUAGAGUAAAUUGGUUCAAGAAAUACGUCAGUGAGUUGCCAUCCGUUAUUGUACUCUUUGCUGAUUUGAAUUGGGAUCAUCCGUCUUGGAAUGAAAAGGCCACAGAAUGCGAAUCGAAGAUUUCCUCACUUAGGACGAGCCUAGGAAAUCAUGCAACUCGGAUUUGUAUUGUGUUGCUACAGCAAACUCAGGUGGACAGUUCACUAGCUAUCGAAAGAACAGCCAAACUAUGCCAACUAUGUCAGCUUCCAACAAAACAGUUGUUUGUUUUACCCAUAGGCGAACGAAUGUUUUCAUCGGUUUUAAGGCUUGAAACCGCAUUUCAUGAAUUAGCGCAAGCAUUCUAUCAGCAAUGUCUGAAAUCAAUCCGUGCUCGAUCGAUACCAAAUAAUUUUUCGAAUCUUAUAAUUCGUCAACAGUUUAAACUAGCAUUCCUCUCGGAAUUACGACAGGACACGCACACAGCACUCAGACAUUAUAAGCUAGCAUAUCAACAUUGUACCGAAUGCGAAACCGUUGAUAGUCAAAUAUUUGAAUUACGAGCUGUGGCUGGACUUCUGAAUUACAAGAUAUGUCAACUGUUGUUUUUUCAUAGUGCAGCUUUCGAAGCAUUAGCACAGCAACGGCGGCAUAAUAACGUAUUUUUCUGCUUACCACCGGGUUCGUAUCCAUCCCCAGCUACUGCAUCAAUUGAACAUUUAUUAUGGAAAGGCAAACAGUGUUCAUUAUUUGCGAAUUUAUUUGAACGAGCCGUUAUGAAUGGUUUGGUUGCUGUGUCGACUCAACAUCCUGGAAUGUAUCUUCAAGCAGCAGCUUACUAUUAUCGGCAAGCGAACGAAGCUAUUACCACUUUAAAUGUUUCAUCACAGUUAACUGGAUUUGUUUACCCAAGCCCUGAUCCUUUGCUACCAGCUGCAGAUACUUUUUAUGGUCAGAGGCCAUGGAGAGCAGCUGCAGAAAAUGGCGGUCUGUCGGAUCCAGAAACUGAAAAGAAUGCCCUUGUCGCACUUGAGUUACGAUGUACUCCAAAUCACGAUCGAUGCAUUGUUCUGCUCUCGUCUGCAAUGUCACAGUUCAAAAAAUAUAAGUGUUUACGAAUGCAACGUUAUAUGAUGCUUUUGUUGUCAGAUGAAUAUUUCAUAACGGGUCAAUAUGUCAAAGCUUUGCAGUUUGCAUCACAUUUAAUUUGGGAAUGUCGACGGGAAGGUUUUAUACAACCAAUUACGAUGCUUCUUCUGCGUGCCCUUGUCUGUGCAUUUCGAAUGGCGGAUGUGAAGGAAUUUAUGAUGCUUAGCAUGCAAAUGCUUAACUUACGCACAUUCCCGACAUUUGCUCCUCUUGUGGAACAAAUUAUGGCAAAUAUUGAACUGAUUCGUCAGGGCUUUCCACCGCGUAUAUCUAUCCCACAAGCUAAUAUGUCUUUGGAUGAAGUAGAAGCAUGUCAACAUCUUUGGAAGGCAGCACUUGCUGAGCGUGUAUUUUUUUCGAUAAGUGCGCCUCGUAUUGAUGCGUUUAUUCGUGCUCGAGUUGCGUUUCUUAAUAAUCAUAUGGAAACUGUUCAUGCCGACUCAUUAAUUUUUCUUAUGGUCGCCCUUUCGUCAUACUGCACUAAAACCGUCUUUUUUGAAAAAAUGAAAAUUACUGUCAGUGAUGGCAGUAACGAAGCUGGACAGUUGCCACUAUAUGAAUUUAUUGAGAAAAAUGUCGAAAUUAGUUCAAGAAAGGAAACUGUUAAAAUGUACAAGAUGUCAUUACCUCAUUCUUGUUGUGCUACUGCCAGGCAACUUAUGGUGAACGGAUUAUGCUUAGAAAUGGGUUCCGUACAUUCGUUUGUUUAUGGCACAUUAGACUGGGAUGCUCAGUCGUUGUCGUAUGGUACUUAUGAUAAUUCCUGCAUGAAUUCCAUAUUAGAUGCAUGUGUCGGUCAAACAACACUUAAAAUUGAACCACGUGAAGCUUAUUUUCGCCUUGAAGGAACUGAUCAAAGUGAAGCACUGCUUGGUGAAAUUGCUACAAUGCCACUGUUGUUUAUUUGUGAGGAAAACAGUCCGAUACAACGUAUUAGACUGGAUUGGUCCUUGGAUGCGAAGGAGGAGAUGGUUGGAACUUUGGUUUUCGUCAACGAAGAAAAUCAGUUUGUUCCAAAUGGUACAAAAAUUUUAGAAUACAAAAGCUCUCAAAUUCCACCAUUCAAGGUCUCUGUACAGCUUGACGACAUAACGGUACAGAAACGUUUUUUAAUAUCUUUGCGGUCACGACCACCAUUCGAUAUCAAUAGUAAAAUACUGGCUAUAAACAAUGAUAUUGUCGAAAAUCCACUUGCAGAAACCAAUUUUUUUAUUCGGAUAGAUAUAACAGCAGUCGCUCACGUAGUUGUUUCGGAUAUAUCAUGGAGACCAGGUACUGAAAUGGAAGUUGAUAAAGACGAUAAGAUUUUGCUGAAAGAUGAAAUUUGUUGCCUUAAGAGCGAUAUAAUAACUGUUUGCUCACCUGUGCGGUUUCCGAUGAAAGCAGAAAAACGAUGUAAUUUAGGUGAAAUAUAUAUACGUUGGAGAAGGAAUAAUUUAUUGGAAGGAUGGGUUUUAUCUCAACUUAGCAUUGGAUCUAUUCUUGUCAAAAAUUCUCCGUUAUCAGUUGAAGCGCAACCUGGAACUUCUUAUCUUAUCGUACGAACAGCAAUUCCAAUUGUUUUUACAAUUCGCAAUUUGUAUAACAAAAUGAUCGAUCUGCAGCUGACGUUAGAACCGGCGGAUAUGUUCGUGUUCGCUGGUAAUAAAAAGGAUUACAGUCAUACCUUCAUAUUUUCUAGAAGAAUGGUAGAACUUAUAGGGAGAAGUGCUGAUCAGUACCCUGUAUUUUUUCUCAUUGGCAUGACUUAA